AGACUGUAUAGUAGUUUACAACUUAUAUGAAAAUAACAAAACAAGUAAUGAUUAUUACAUAACACACACAUUGAUUGACACAAUAAAUGUAAUCAUAUUUCAUAACCAAAACGUUUAACACAUUAACAUAUGAUUUAUAAAUUGCAUGUUAUUUACAAUUGAAUAUCAUUUCAUUGAUUGCAUUCAAAAGUUUUGAAGACAAUUGUCGCUCACAUGUGGUCUCAAUUGAUCGCAUCCGACGGCCAACCUUUUUCGUUGUCUGGCUAUUUGCGGACAUAUAGUUCGGUUAGUCGACCGCCAAAUGAGUUUGACGAGUGUCCGGAUGACCACUCAUUUUAUCGGUUGCAAAGACAACGGGUUUUACAACAAAAACAACGAAACAUUCUUCCGCUUUGGACAGAUGUCAAAGAUUGUCUAAAAGAUGCCUUUAAAAGACACUCAGAUAAUAUAAACCACAAAGAAUUCAAUGUUUUGGUCCGACAAAUACUGGACAUCAGUCGCGAAUGUGUUGGCAUCGGAUCUUCAAUGGAUUUGGUCGAGUCUUCGGCCGUCUAUAUCCUACAGGUUUUUCACGACGCGAAAUAUUUACAGCAAAUAUUGGGCGUCACUUCACAACAGAUUCAUGAAUUGGAGGAAGUGUUCGGCCAAUUGUCGGCUAAAUUAAUUAAUAAUGCUUACGAAUUGGCCAAAUCUAUAUUGGAUUUGUUGGAUUUGGAAGACAGGGAAAGACUUUUUAUGCCUUAUAAUAGACGACAAGAGUACCAAUCAUGUGAUCGUCAAGUGAAGAAUAAGAACUUGGAUUCAAUGGAUAUGUUUAAAGAUGAAGACGAAUGGUGUAACAAUGGUUUGAAAGACUUGGGAACAGAUUUUGAUCCGUUUGUUGAUAACGUCGAUAUAAUAGUAACGUGGGAUUCAGUUCUGGAUUUAAAUGAUGAUAAUAGCAGUCAAUCAACAAAUAAAACAAAGAAAUAUGAGUUGUCUUUUGAAUACAAAGACAGUAAUAAUUUAAAGUCACAAAACUCUAGUCAUAAGAUCACAACAGAGAUCAUAAAAUAUGACACAACUAAUAAUACUGUAGAAAAUGAUUUCGGCAUUGAAUGGCUUAAUAUUGAACUAAAUAAAUACAUUGAAGACUACAGUGCAAAACAUAACGAUCCAUUUUAUAUGAAUAUUGAGACUUUAGUCGAUACAGUGAUUGAAUGGAUCAAAGCAAAGAAUAAGAGCGACGAAGAACUGGGCGCUGAUAUGCACAGUCUUUUAGGUGAUGACUGUUUACCACUAAUUGAAAAAAUAGUUAAAUACAGAAAACUAAUUAAGAUUUCAUACAAACAAAUGUAUUGCGAACCAAAAGUUGAUAACAUAGAAGUGAACGACGAUUUUUUGAAUAAGAAAAAACAAAUUGCCAGUACUUUCCGUAACGAAAGGGGACCAGCAAUCGCACCGGCAGUUGUGGUACAGACAGCUGAAGAGAAAAAUUUAAAGAAACAAUUAAGAAAAAUGGAAAAGAAAUUCAAUAAGGAGUUGAGUAAAGAUUAUGAUUGUUCGACAACAACUAAUUUAACUUAUGAAGACAUCGAGCGAAUGAAACAACAACGAGAAGCACAACUGUAUAGUGCAAUGAUGGCACCACUUUUCAGAGACGAAUCAAAUGUCGAAUAUUUAGAUCGAUCUGAGUAUCCGUUUGUGUUUGAUUCGAUGGUAGAGACGAAAUCUUCAGCUGCUUUUAUAUCUGGAGCCAAAAUGACACUUCCAUUGGGUUUUGUACGUAAAGAUCAACGCCGUUGGGAAGAGAUUACAAUUCCCGUACCCCCGCCUCCACCCGAAGGUGUUAUCAAUGAUUUUAAACUCAUAGAUAUUGAAAGUUUGGAUGAAUUUGCGAAAAUUGGUUUUAACGGAAUUAAACAAUUGAAUAGAAUUCAGUCAAUUGUCUUUAAAACUGCUGACACCACCAAUGAAAACAUGUUGAUUUGUGCGCCUACCGGUGCCGGUAAGACCAAUGUUGCAAUGCUAGCAAUAAUUGCACAGAUUAGAAACAACUCUCGUACCGGAAGUGUUCACGACAUUGAUUUGGAUAAGUUUAAGAUCGUAUACAUCGCACCAAUGAAAGCACUGGCCUCUGAAAUGACUGAUAAUUUUUCUAAACGAUUACAACCUUUCGGUAUUCGUGUUCGCGAACUGACCGGUGAUAUGCAGUUAUCGAAAAGUGAGAUAAUGAGUACUCAGAUGUUAGUGACCACACCUGAAAAAUGGGAUGUCGUUACUAGAAAAGCAAAAGGAGACGUCCAGUUACUACAAUUGGUUAGACUUCUUAUCAUUGAUGAGGUUCACCUGUUGCAGAGCGAUAGAGGACCAGUAGUCGAAGCUUUGGUGGCCCGAACUAAGCGCUACAUUGAGUCUUCACAAACAAUGAUUCGUAUGAUUGGGUUAUCGGCAACAUUACCCAACUAUAAAGAUGUCGCUGAAUUUUUGCGCGUUAAUCCACGUUACGGACUGUUUGUUUUUGACAAUCGUUUCCGUCCGGUGCCGUUAACUCAAACAUUUAUUGGAUGUAAAGCAACGCAAACGAUGCAAAUAAUGUAUGAUAUGGACGAUGUUUGCUAUGAGAAAGUUCAUGAAAUGGUAGCAAAAGGACAUCAAGUGAUGAUAUUUGUUCACGCGAGGAAUGCUACUUAUAGGACAGCCAUCAAUAUGAAAGACAGGGCGCAUAAAUUGGCUCAUUUGAAUGUAUUUACUUGUGAUACAUCUAGACUUCCCGGCUCAGAGCAAAUGUUACGCCGCGCCCGACAUAAAGGUCUUCAAGAGUUAUUUGACUCAGGAUUUGCUAUACAUCACGCGGGAAUGUUAAGACAGGAUAGGAAUGUUGUAGAGAAACUGUUUCGCGCCGGUGUUAUUAAAGUAUUGGUUUGUACGGCAACACUGGCCUGGGGUGUCAACUUACCCGCACAUUCGGUUGUGAUUAAAGGCACGGAAAUGUAUGAUUCAAGUCAUGGAAACUUUGUUGACAUUAGUAUGUUAGAUGUGAUGCAAAUCUUUGGACGCGCCGGUCGUCCUCAAUAUGACACUGAAGGUCACGGAACUAUCAUUACAGCCCAUAAUAAACUUAGACAUUAUUUGUCACUUUUGACAAAUCAAUUUCCAAUUGAAAGUAAUUUCAAAAAGUAUUUAACUGAUAAUAUGAACGCAGAGAUAGUUUCUGGAACUAUCUCAACAAUCGAUGAAGCGAUUGAUUGGAUUAGAGACACAUAUCUAUACAUAAGAAUGAGAAAGAAUCCGCAGUGCUAUGGAAUAACACCUCAAGAUAUUAAAUACGACACUGAGUUAUAUGAAUAUCGACGUAAACUUGUCACAGAAUCAGCUGAAGAUCUGGAUAAAGCAAAAAUGGUUAGGUAUUCACCAGAGGCCGGAACGCUUGAUCCCACAGAUUUAGGUCGUACUGCAAGUCAUUACUAUAUAAAAUAUGACACAAUUAUGAAAUUUAAUGAAAUGAUAAGCGAAGUCAUGGACGAGAGGAAUAUUUUUGCUAUGAUUGCGACCGCACAAGAGUUUGAUCAGUUAAAGUCACGCGAAGAUGAAUUUGAAGAAUUGGAACAAUUGUUAAGACAAGAAUGUCAUUUGGGUGUUCCGGGAGGCGUUGAAAAUAAGAACGGAAAAGUCAAUAUUCUGAUGCAAUCACAACUUAGUUGCGCUAAAAUGGAUAGCUUUUCAUUGGUGUCGGACGCCAUGUUUGUAAUGCAGAAUGUGAACCGCAUCUGCAGAGGAUUGUUUGAAUGGGUUUUGAAGAAGGGUUGGGCUAUUUUAGCACAACAUUUGCUUAAAGUGAGUCAAAUGUUUGAGCGCCGUAUGUGGGAUUGGGAGACACCAAUGCGUCAAUUUGAUGAAAUUUCAUUUGAAAUAAUGGAAAAGUUAGAGAAAAUUAAACCGUCGCUAACUAUUGAUCGGAUUAGAGAAAUGAAUGCCGACGACUUGGGCCGAUUGGUUCGUUUUCAGAGAUACGGAGAAACACUCAAACGAUUAGCUGAUACUCUGCCAAACGUUGACAUUGUGGCCACUCUUAAACCAAUUACAAGAACAGUUUUAAUGGUUCAGAUAGAGAUAACGCCUAAGUUUCGAUGGGAUGACAGAUAUCACGGAAAGAUAUGCGAAUCAUUUUGGUUAUGGCUUUCAGAUAUUGAUUCAAAUCAUAUUUAUCACAGCGAGUUAUUUAAGUUCACUAAAAAACAAGUCAUCAAAAAAGAGGUGCAAAAAAUCACAUUUAAUAUUCCACUUCUGGAUCCCGAUUCUCUUCCCACUCAAUACAUCAUAUAUUGUUCAUUUGAUCGAUGGUUAGGAAGUGAACAAGAAGUAUCACUUCCCUGUCGACACUUAAUCUUACCUGAAAAGUAUGUUCCUUACACUAAACUCUUGGAUUUAGAUCCAUUACCAGUGACAGCACUUAACAAUCAAUUAUAUGAAUCGAUUUACAAGUUUACACACUUUAAUCCAAUUCAAACACAAAUAUUUCAUACUUUAUACAAAACUAAUCAAAAUGUUCUGUUGGGUGCGCCCACCGGUUCAGGCAAAACAAUAGCCGCUGAGAUUGCAAUGUUGCGUACAUUUGACACCAAUCCAAGUGCUAAAAUAGUUUAUAUCGCACCGCUUAAAGCACUUGUAAGAGAAAGAGUAGAGGAUUGGAAAGUAAAAAUUGAACAAAAUAUGGGUCGACUUGUUGUGGAACUGACCGGAGAUAUGACUCCAGAUGUUCGGGCCAUUAUGGCUGCCGAUAUUAUUGUAACAACGCCUGAAAAGUGGGAUGGAAUUAGUAGGAGUUGGCAACAGAGAAAAUAUGUUAGAGAUGUAGCGCUUAUUAUCAUCGAUGAGAUUCACUUAUUAGGUGAAGAUCGCGGACCAGUUCUUGAAGUGAUUGUUUCGCGAACUAAUUUUAUUCGUCAGAAUUCAUCGCAAAAAAUUAGAAUCAUAGGUCUGUCGACAGCCAUUUCUAACGCACAAGACUUAGCCAAUUGGCUCGACAUCAAAGGUGUCGGUUUGUAUAACUUUAAGCCAUCUGUCAGACCAGUUCCUAUUGAAGUACACGUAAAUGGUUUUCCGGGUAAAAACUACUGUCCUCGUAUGGCAUUAAUGAACAAACCGACCUAUAGAGCCAUAUUACAGCACUCACCUACAAAACCAGUCCUCAUAUUUGUCUCUCGACGACAAACACGUCUCACAGCUUAUGAUUUAAUGACAUUUUUGGCCAAUGAUGGGUCUCACGACAAGUUCUUACACGUGGAUAGAGAAUCAUUGRCAGCCGUUAUACAAAAUGUUAGGGACAGUAGUUUGAAAAAUACUCUCGACUUUGGCAUUGGUUUACAUCACGCAGGUCUUCAUGAAAGAGACAGAAGUAUAGUCGAGGAAUUAUUUUUGAAUCAAAAGAUACAGGUUUUGGUCACCACUGCAACACUUGCCUGGGGUGUCAAUCUUCCGGCACAUGCGGUAAUAAUUAAAGGCACCGAAUAUUUUGACGGUAAAAAGCAUAGAUAUGUGGACUUUCCCAUUACUGAUGUCUUACAAAUGAUGGGUCGGGCCGGUAGACCACAGUUUGAUACAUCUGGUGUGGCCAUAGUCUUAGUACAAGACACUAAAAAAGAGUUUUAUAAAAAGUUUUUAUACGAACCGUUUCCCGUUGAGUCCAGUUUACUAUCUGUUUUGACCGACCAUUUAAACGCCGAGAUAGUGUCCGCCACAAUCCAUACAAAACAGGAGGCAUUAGAAUAUCUCAACUGGACUUUUCUCUUCCGUCGCGUUAUUAAAAAUCCAUUUUAUUAUGGAUUAGAGAGUAUUGAAACCAAUGACAUAAAUAAGUUUUUAUCAAAAGUGAUUGACUCAUCGUUAGAUGAAUUAAUUAAUAAUAUGUGUAUUACUGUUGACGAUGACGAGCGCACACUAUGGUCCACACCAUUGGGUCGAAUCGCAUCAUUUUAUUACAUAAACCACACAACUGUUUAUAACUUUCACAAAGCGUUAGGUGAUCAUAACGUUGAUGUUGAUUAUGCUUUACUUUUAGAUGUACUUACAAAUGCUUACGAAUAUAAUGAAUUACCAGUUCGUCAUAAUGAAGAUGGACUUAAUGCUGAUUUGGCUAAUAUAUGUCCCAUUAAUAUCACAAGAUAUGCUAUGGACAGCCCUCACACCAAAGCUAAUCUCUUACUUCAAGCACACAUAUCACGUCUUCAACUUCCAAAUACCGAUUAUUUUACAGACUUGAAGUCAGUCUUAGAUCAAGCAAUUCGUAUAAUUCAAGCGAUGAUUGACGUCUCAGCACUGGCUGGUUCUUUGCCAACUGUUCUUAAAAUUAUAACUUUGCUUCAAAUGAUAAUACAGUGUCGUUGGUAUCACAAUAAUCCAAUGCUAACACUUCCCGAUGUUAAUGAAGAUAUGUUAUAUAGAAUUCCUAUAAGAGAGUCAUCGCUUUCUUAUCUUGUAAUGAAAGCUAUUACCGAUAGUUUUGAUGGUCUCAAUCAAACACUUAGCCCAUACAUAARCCAACAAUUUGUGAUUAAAAAUAUUUACGAAACUCUUAUAAAAUUUCCAUUAAUAGAGUGUUCAUUAAGUUUACUUAAAAGUAGUAAUGAAUCAAAAGAUAAUAGAAAUAAAAGUGAAUGCAUUUCAAUACGAAUUGAUGCGACUUUUAAUCCAUCAAAUGAAACACCAAUUGUUGUUCAAACAAACACAGAAUAUACACUUAUUUGUGAAUUAAAGAAACGUCGACCUAAGGGAGGUUCCCGUAAUAGAGACAAUACUAGCGGUUCCAACGCUAGAGCUUUUGCACCAAAAUUCCCGAAACCUAAGGAUGAAAACUGGUUUUUGAUUUUAGGUAAUAUUGAUAGAAGAGAUUUAUUAGCUCUAAGACGUGUUUCUAGUAUUGCCGGUAAAACACACCAAACCCUGACUUUUACAACACCAGACACUGCGGGUACUAUUGUUUAUACUUUUUAUUUAAUAAGCGAUUGUUAUCUUCAUUUCGACCAACAAUACAACAUAUGUUUGUCCGUCCAAUAAAUUUUAUUUGAUUUU